CUGGCUGUUCUUGUAGACAAAUGCUUAAUACCGUUCAUCGGAGAGUAAAUGGGCUAUUGGCCAAGAAAUUUGUACUUGAAGGAAUUAUAAAAUUGUUCAAUUGUAUAUAAAAGUGAAAUAAUUUUUAAUGUAUAUAUGACUAUUUAAAUAACUAAUUAUUUAUGUAACUUUGUGCAAAUAUAUUGGACCUUGUCGACUAUAAUAAUCAGUCAUAGCAAUUACUAUGUGUGGAAAAAUGGAAGAUGUGCUCCUUAUUUUGAAAGGUUGAAAACUUUUAACCCAACUAUGCAAAUAUAACCAACGAAUAGAUUUUACUAUUGUUUCAAAGUUGUUACUAAGGUAAUCAUGCAUGCAUAAAAUAUCGAUAGUUUUGGCAACGGACUUGAGCGAUUGCGUUUGCUCGCUUUAGCCUACGACGUGAACACGAGAUAGAUCAGCUGAGACUAUAACUCGUAAAUACUGAAAUGGGCCAGGUUCUCCCAAAUAAGGGGAAAAGGCCACGCAGCAGCGUCGAGGCAGAUAAGUCUUAUUCUUCUGUGUCAGAUGGCAGCAUGGAUAUUAAUCUCAUUACGUGUAAACUCCAGACUAUGUAGACUUGGCCUAGUAGCAUAUGAUUGUUUCAACUUAUAACGUUAGCCAGCACAGCGUGCACUCGUCGUCUGCUUCGGCUAAACACAUUUUGCAGUAUUCGUUCAUGUGCCUAGGAACAAGAUGUCUUGCGGACAGGCCAUUGUAAACAUGAAAAGAAAGAUCAUGCGCUCAAGAUGAAUGCACCACACUUUUCUUCUAUAAUUUUUCAGGGAUUUCUUCGUUAUUACAAGCUGAAAGGAUCGGCUUAGCUGAUCUAGAUCGACUAACGUCAAGAAUAACACUAUCAAAUCAUUUGGAAUAUCCUCCAUAAAGCUGUAUCCCUUCUAACCUUUUCUGCACCUCAUACCACCAUGGCAGUUAUCUUGGAGUGCACUGGGCAGAAUGACCAGAUGGUGGACCAAUGGGUAUGGGAUGGACACUGUGCUCCAGCAGCAGUCAAGCUGUCCUCUAAUUUUGAAGCUGCUUACUUCCAUACUGAUCCAGUGAAUAUGAGCACAGGUACUGUAGGUGUACGUGGAACCAAAGGUUUUGAGGAUGGGGAACACUACUGGGAAAUUGUGUUCCUGGAACCUCCUGCUGGCUCAUCUGUCAUGGUUGGGGUGGGCACCAGCCGGGCAGUUCUUUCGUCUGAUUAUUGCCAGUAUGUCAACCUCUUAGGCAUGGACAGGGAAAGCUGGGGACUGUCCUACAAGGGCAUCACAUGGCAUGGAGGGCUUAGUUGCCAGUUCUGUGAGCCAUUUUUCGACAGAAGAACAGUGAUUGGAUGUCACCUGGAUAUGGACCGAGGAACAUUGUCAUUCUCACGCAAUGGGCAACACUUGGGUCUAGCUUUCACUGGUUUACCAAGAGAACCUAUUUACCCCAUUAUCAGUUCCACUGCUACCGACACAGAACUGGAGCUUGGUCUUCGGACAUGCAGGUACCUGUCUCUGCAGGGCAAGUGCAUGUCAGUGGUCAAGAAGUGUCUGCGCAGUGUAGACUUAGUGGAUCAGCUCCCUUUGCCAGAAAGUAUCCGACAGUGUAUUCGAGUAUGGUAAAGUCAUCAGUAUUUGCAUCUGUAUUUGCUUUUGAGUGAAACUGUGUAAAAAUA